UUUAAUACAUCUGUUGUCUCUUUCGUUAUGGCUAAAGACAGAACUGCAAAGCCGAUUGACUAAUUAUUGUGCAACUAGCAAGGACUUAGUGGGGGAGAGAGAGAGAGAGAGAUAGCUAGGUGAAAUCAGCUGUAGUAAUAAUUGUAUCAUUAGAGGGCAGCAGUGUGCAGUAAUCCUGUGUACCAUAGCACAUUUCUUCUAGCAGUGUGCUGAAACCAAAUCAGUGGAAAGUUACAGCUAGGUUGGUGCAGUAUGCUUGGGGUCUUUGCUGACUGAGAGUAAAAACAAGGGAGAGUCUGUCAACUGUUCUGGUAUUUUGGGUUGCUGUCUGUGAAAGAAAAAUAAAAUUAGUUAGAAAGCCUUCAUGAAUUCUCCCUAAUAGUCAUCAAUAGAAUAAACAGGUUGACAGAAAUAGAGAGAAAAUGCUUCUAGCAAGAUCUUUAUCUGUGACAUCUUUGAAUGGUUUGCCUCGCUGGGAUGAAGAGGAGUUACCUGUAGAAGAGUUACUGCUUUUUGAAGUUUCUUGGGAAGUUACUAACAAAGUUGGCGGUAUCUAUACUGUGCUUCAAACCAAGGCAAAGGUCACAACAGACGACUGGGGUGAAAAUUACUUCAUGCUCGGGCCUUACUAUGAGCACAAUACAAAGACACAAGUGGAAAUACUUGAUUCUCCAAACCCUGCAGUUAAAAAAGCCAUGGAGACAUUGUCACACAAAGGUUGUCAGAUAUACUUUGGCAGAUGGCUAAUAGAGGGUAGCCCGUAUGUGAUCCUAUUUGACAUAGGCUCAGCAGCAUGGAAUCUAGACAGAUGGAAGGGAGAAUUCUGGGAUGCUUGUCAUAUUGGUAUUCCAUAUCAAGACAGAGAGGCUAAUGAUGCCCUCAUCUUUGGAUCAUUAACUGCUUGGUUUCUAAAGGAGCUACUGGGACAGUUAAAAGACCAGCCACGCAUUAUUGCUCAUUUCCAUGAGUGGCAGGCAGGAGUAGGAUUGAUUCUCUCCCGGUUUUACAGACUGCCCAUUGCUACAGUGUUCACAACUCAUGCCACCCUACUUGGAAGGUAUCUUUGUGCUGCCAACAUAGAUUUCUACAACAACCUUGGAAAGUUCAACCUUGACAAGGAGGCUGGAGACAGGCAGAUUUACCACCGAUACUGUUUGGAAAGAGCCACGGUUUACUGUUCACAUGUCUUUACUACAGUGUCUCACAUUACAGCCAUAGAAGGAGAAAAUAUGCUUGCAAGGCAAGCUGAUGUAAUUACUCCAAAUGGCUUAAACAUAAAGAAAUUCUCUGCAACACACGAGUUUCAAAAUCUACAUGCAGUAUGCAAAGCGAAGAUCCAGGACUUUGUGCGAGGGCACUUUUACGGGCACCUUGAUUUUGAUUUGGACAAGACCCUUUUUUUCUUUACUGCUGGGCGCUAUGAGUUCUCAAAUAAAGGAGCGGACAUGUUUUUGGAGGCUUUGGCAAGGCUAAACUUGUGUCUCCGGGUCCACAAAAGUAAUGUAACGGUUAUAGUUUUCUUCAUCAUGCCUGCAAAAACAAAUAACUUCAAUGUUGAGACACUGAAAGGGCAAGCUGUAAGGAAGCAGCUAUGGGAUACUGCCAAUGCUAUGAAAGAGAAGUUUGGAAAGAAAUUGUAUGAAGCCUUGUUAAGGGGUGAAAUACCAGAUAUGAAUUCAAUUUUGAACCGCGAUGACAUAUCUGUAAUGAAGAGAGCAAUUUAUGCAACACAGCGGCAGUCCUUGCCUCCUGUGACUACCCACAAUAUGACUGAAGAUCACAUUGAUCCAGUACUGAACACCAUUAGAAGAAUCGGGCUUUUUAACAAUCGAGCAGACAAAGUAAAAAUUGUGUUCCAUCCUGAGUUCCUGUCUUCGACAAGUCCCCUUUUACCAAUGGAUUAUGAUGAGUUUGUUCGAGGGUGUCAUCUUGGGGUCUUUCCAUCAUAUUAUGAACCUUGGGGCUACACGCCAGCUGAAUGUACAGUGAUGGGCAUUCCAAGUGUGACGACCAACCUCUCUGGCUUUGGCUGUUUCAUGCAAGAGCACGUUUCAGACCCAGCUGCUUAUGGUGUUUAUAUUGUGGACCGAAGGUUCCGUUCUCCAGAAGAAUCCUGCAGUCAACUUACUCAGAUCUUGUUUGGAUUCUGCCAGCAAACACGUCGCCAAAGAAUUAUCCAAAGAAAUAGAACAGAGAGACUUUCUGAUCUCCUGGACUGGAGAUAUCUUGCUAGAUAUUACACACACUCCAGGCACUUGGCCCUUAGUAGAGCUUUCCCAGAUACUUAUGAGAUACCUUUUGCGGCGCCACCCAAGACUGAGGGUUUCAGAUAUCCAAAGCCAUCUUCUGUUCCUCCAUCUCCUUCAGCAUCUCUGCACUCGACACCUCACCACAGUGACGAAGAGGAGGAAGACAAAGAUGAGAAAGAAGAAAGAUAUGAUGAAGAUGAGGAGGCUGAAAAGGACAAAUUAAACAUUAAAAUACCCAUGAUGCUGGGGUCCAUUCCGGAGGGGAAAAAGAAGAAACACAGGCGAAGUCACAGAAACUGAUACUCAACCCUAUUUUUCUCUGAAUGCUAAAAUCUGCACUGCAUUUCCUUGCCGGUCUCUGACAAGUUCUGUUUUGAAGGACACAGCUGGUUUGUCAGUGAAAAUGUUUGGUACUGGUCAAGGAUUGACGCACUAGAGACUAUUUGGAUGAACCGAUUUACCAGUUGUAUAGUAAAUAGUAAACCGUAUCAUGAAAAUAAAAUGUGUGCUCUCUAAAUAUGUAAACAAAAGGACAAGAACUAAAGGCACUUCUGUUUAAAUCCCUGUCAUGUGCACUGAUUUGGUUAUGUGACCGUUAGUCAAUUGGCUUGUAUUUUACAGCCAUUAAAGUCAAUUUUAGUGCCUUGCA